AUGCAAUUACGUAGUAGCAUUAAAAAACCAUCAGUUGCAAGACAGCGUAAUGAAGGGAAGAUAGAUGAUCGUUUGGGUACAACGACACAAACAACAUCAACAGCAACGAAUACUGCUCCUGGUCAAGCCAGUCCUACUUCAAUAAUGUCGCUGACAAACAUCGUCAUUAGAACUAAAUCAGCCGUGGAUCGUCUUAAGCUCUCAGCAAGAUCACAUUCGUUCACAAAUCUCGGACAAACAUCAACCGUAUCCAAAGACAAUAGGCUUCACUUCAAUGUUUGCGGUGAGAAAUUUGAAGUUUUGGAAAGCACCGUUCAGCGCUUUCCUAAUACAUUGCUCGCUGACCCCGCCGGGCGUGAGAAAUUUUGGGACGAGGAACGCAAGGAGUAUUACUUGGAUCGAAAUAGAGCAUGUUUCGAGUCUGUCUUGACAUAUUAUCAGAGCAAUGGUAUCUUAAUACGACCGCAGAAUAUACCUGAUGUGUUAUUUAUACGAGAGGUGCAGUUUUAUGAUUUGGGGGAAGAAGUGCUCCAGAAAAUCCGAGGUAUGAAAUGUGUAUAUUAUAUAUUUGCUUUCAACAAGGUGUUCUGUUGUGCUUUUAAGACGCUGGAUCAAUGAGAAUAGGGAACUUUGGCUAUGUUUACACGGUACAGCGUGUAGCUUUCCAUGCAUAGCGACGUAAAAAUAGCGAUGUUGUUUCGCUCAGCUUCCGAAAGUUGUACAUUCCGUAUCAAAUACAUUAGGUGCUUUAUUCGCGCCACUUAGUGUAAACGCGUAUUAUAGCCUUAAUUAGCAAUUCAAACCAGUUCAAGCAUGUUAAUCCUAUAUUAAUUUAUAGAUGAAACAAUGUUGGGGUGGGUUUGAAGUUUGAUGAUGUCUAUCGAGGUAUACAUAAAUUUUAAGUUUUGUAGGAUUUGUAAGCGGAUGUGAUCUUUUUGAGCCGAAAGUGGUUAUUUUACCGCGCGUAAUACAAAUAUAUACAAAAUUUGCGAACUUCGAUCACAGGGCUAUAUUUUCUUCAUUUUACAACAUUUAGCAACCAAUCUUUGCAGUUUUACUCAUUCUAAGACGCUCUUUCUAACUGUGGUGUUGGAUUUCGUUCUUCUUGCAUUGAUCAAAAUUUAGUCUAUAGUUAGAACCAUUUCAUUAGAUUAUUUUGAAAAUUUAUAAUAACAAAUCAAACAAAUUCCUGUCAUUUCUAAGGUGACGAGGAGAAACCCAAAGAGAACGAGGACGGACCCGAAAAGGAAACACCAACUCCAACUUUACAAAACAAAGUUUGGGACUUAUUCGAGCACCCAGAAACGUCAACAGCCGCCAGAUAUGUAGCGUGGUUCAGUUGUGCAAUUGUACUGUUAUCUAUUAUACUGUUCUGCGUCGAAACGCUGCCAGAAUUUCAAAAGAAAGACGAAUCGGGAGAGACUAAGAGCUACCAUACUUUCUUUAUAAUUGAGACCUUUUGUAUUGGCUGGUUCACAUUAGAGUAUUUGACAAGGUUGAUAUCGUCGCCUAAUAAAUGGAGAUUUGUUAAAGAGGCGCUGAAUCUAAUCGAUUUGGUUGCAAUUCUGCCAUUCUUCCUGAAUUUUGCGUUGAGCGGAAAAGAUUCAAAUGUCUCGUCGGUGGCCAUUUUGAGGGCGGUCAGAUUGGUGAGAGUUUUCAGGGUGUUUAAACUGUCCAGGUAUUCGUCUGGGUUGCGGAUUUUGGGUCUGACAUUGAGAGCAAGUAUUGGCGAGUUGGGUCUGCUUGUGUUUUUCUUAACUGUUGGUAAGUAUUAUGAUUUUUGUAUAUCUAAUAGGUUAGGGUGAUGGUGGUUGUGGUGGUAAUGAUGAUGGUGAAGAUGAUGGUGACAGUAAUGAUGAUGGUGGUAGUGACGGUGAUGAUGGUGGUAAUGGGAAUGAUGUUGGUGGUAAUGGUGAUGAUGAUGAUGGUAAUGAAUUCGAUGAUGGUAGUAAUGGUGAUGAUGGUGAGGAUGAUGGUGAUAAUGAUGUUGAUGAUGAUGGUGGUGAUGAUGGUAAUGAAUUCGAUGAUGGUAGUAAUGGUGAUGAUGGUGAUAAUGAUGUUGAUGAUGAUGGUGGUGAUGAUGGUACUGAAUUCGAUGAUGGUAGUAAUGGUGACGAUGGUGGUGAUGAUGGUGGUGAUGAUGGUGGUGAUGAUGGUGGUGAUGAUGAUGGUGGUGAUGAUGGUGGUGAUGAUGGUGGUGAUGAUGGUGGUGAUGAUGGUGGUGAUGAUGGUGGUGAUGAUGGUGGUGAUGAUGGUGGUGAUGAUGAUGGUGGUGGUGAUGAUGGUGGUGGUGAUGAUGGUGGUGGUGGUCAUCAUGUCAGAUGGUAUUAUGAUUGCUAAACGUUUCAAGUUCAAACCCCGUGCGAAACUAUAAUAAAUUUUUCUUUUUCCUGAGAGGAGGAAAGACAGCUUUCGGAGCGACUAAUUAUCAUCUAUACGUGUAUUGAUCUUGUUUUGGUGGCAAGUACAUGUAAUGGAAACAUUUAGCAUUAUUUGUUCACUCUUAUCAGUACUAAUGCAUUUGAAAUUGACCACUAUUGUAUAACCACAAAAAAGUCGACUCCAAACGACAUAUUAUAGUUAAAAACAGCUUGGGUUAAACUGUACACGAUCGCGAAAGUUCUACACUGACAGAUUGUUGAAGGCGUUCUAAUAAUAGUACAAGCCUGACCCAAAUUUUCAAAUGCGACCUUUUUUGGGCGCCAAUUAAACAUCAGUAAAAUAUAACUUUACAUGUGUCGCUAUUGUUUAUGAUCAUGCAGUGAAUUUUAUUCAAAUUUAUUUUUGUAUUUCUUUACUUAAUUUCCCUCCUACUGCGUUUGCUUGACAGUUAUUGUGAAAAUGUAACGGAUGACUGCAGAGAUUUUCGUACAAAAUUGAUGUGGAAGCGUGUCGAAUUGUGCUCGAGAGUUAAAAACGGAAACGAAUGUUUUAAAUACCGAAGGGCGAGUUCAACUAAAGGUCUGUAAAAAUUCACAAGUGAUUAUCAGUUUUCAAAUUGCACGAGGUACCAUACUAUGACUUUUUGGAAAAUUUACAUUCUGUUGAUAGCCUUGUGCACGAUUUAACACGGAUAUACAUCAUAUGAAUCUUUAUUUUAAAUGUGCAAUGUGAUUUUUGCAAGUAAUGUUUACUAAGCGAGAUAUCAAGUAAUAUAUCAUAAACGAGAAGCCGUUUAUUACCUGAAUUGAAAACACCGAGAAGUGUGUUGGAAAACGAGGCUAUAGCCGAGUUUUUUAACCAACUUCGAGGUGCUUUCAAAUCAGGUAAUAAACGGCUUCUCGUUUAUGAUAUAGCUUCUCAAACGAAUCAGUAUUUUAAGAGAAAUUUGAGGCGAAAGUUGGCUUAAUUUAUGGACGUUUAUCACCAGUUUUCCAAACAACGUUUCGGUUAGGAUUUUCUUUGUGUUUUCCUCAUGCAUUAUUAAUGAGUUUGAGAACAAUAUAUCGAGAACAACAAUAUACCUCUUUAAUUCUAAGGGAUGCCCCAUUUUGUUUCUUGAAAUUCUAUUGGUGAUAUAAAUGUAUAGGUGUAUUGAUCUUCUUACGAGUAUAUAUGAGCCGGGCAAGCAGAAAAUUGUACUUGGACCACGGCUGGGAAUCGAACCCGCGACCUUCACAUUUCUAUAUAUAUGACAUUUUACAGUAAACCUCAUUCAUUUUGGUGAGGUGUCCCAUAUUCAACUUUUAGGAACAUCACUUUAGAACUGAUACCUCUUUUACAGGUGUCGUAUUAUUUGCAAGCGCUAUAUAUUACGCAGAGUUGAGCUCAGAUGAUAAUUCAUUCAAAAGCAUACCUCAUGCAUUUUGGUGGGCCAUCGUAACCAUGACAACUGUGGGCUAUGGCGACAUGUAUCCAACCACGCUGAGUAAGUAGUACAUGAAGUACUUGAUUGAGCCUAAAUGAGUGAAUAAAACACGAUUAAUAGAGCCCUAGGAAGAACAGUUUAGAAAAAAAAAGUUGGUUUAGUUUAAGUUUCCUUCUGUCAUAACACUGGAUCAUAUGUAAAAAGAGAUGAUUCUCUAGCCGAAGAACAGUUUAGAACUGAUAGAGCUAUACAGUAUAAAUAGAGAUAGUUUAGUUUAGGCUUCCACCUGUGGUGACACUGGAAUACUGGAUCAAUAAGAGACUACUCUUAUUAGACCUCUAUAGGAAGUUUAGAACUGAUAGAGCUAUCCAGUAUAAAUAAAAUUAGUUUAGUUUAGGUUUCCUCCUGUAGUAACACUGGAUCAACAAGAGAUGACUCUUACUGGACCUCUAUAGGAAGAACAGUUUAGAACUGAUAGAACUAUCCAGUAUAAAUAAAGUUAGUUUAGUUCAGGUUUCCGCCUGUAGUAACACUGGAUCAAUAAGAGAUGAUUCUUACUGGGCCUGAAGGAAGAACAGUUUAGAACUGAUAGAGCUAUCCAGUAUAAGUAAAGUUAGUUUAGUUCAAGUUUCCUCCUGUAGUAACACUGGAUCAAUAAGAUAUGACUCUUACUGGACCUGUAGGGAGAAUAGUUUAGAACUGAUAGAGCUACCCGGUAUAAAUAAAGUUAGUUUAGUUCAGGUUUCCUCCUGUACUAACACUGGAUCGAUAAGAGAUGAUCCUUACUGGACCUCUAGGGAAAAUAAUUGUGAAAAGAACUGAUAGAGCUAUCCAGUAUAACAAAGAUGGUAAGAAAAAAAGUGGCAGUCUCUGCAUAUAAAUGAAGUUAGUUAAUCAGAUGCAUCUUUCUUUGCAGUUGGCAAGUGUAUUGGCAGUCUUUGCGCAUGUACGGGCAUUUUAGCCAUUGCGCUACCGGUCCCAGUAAUUGUCGCAAACUUCGAACGCUUCUACAGCCAAUCACUGGAAGAGGCGAAACGUGACUCGCCAGAAAGCAAGAAAAAAUUGGCAAAGUACAAAGCUUUGAAAAAAUUCUUUGAUAAGCUCAGGCAUCGAGAUAGCCCGCAGCCUGCGGGUGAGAGUUGGGACGAAGAAUAUUACGAUAUGGGAGGCGAGGUCGCUGAGAAAGACCGCGUGAGUGCUGAGGGGAAUGGGCAAGCGUAUCCGUUGCUUGAGAAGCCGGGCAAUUCUGUAUCGACUGUGUGA